CAUCGCAAGAGCGGGCAUUAGUUAUAGUUAUAGAGUUGUGUCCAAAGGAGUGCUCUAACGAAGAAGAGGCGUUCCUUUUGGGGUGCAUUUAUUCUAUUGAGUGCUUUUUAUAUGUCUGUCUAGCCAUCGAUCUAUUUCUUACCAUCUUCUCUACCCUAAUUUCGCUAUCAAUCGCUUGGAACUCCUAGUGAUCGAUUUAUCUUCUUCUCCAACUAAGAAUCUAAAAGAUUUUGUAGAUACAGGGGAGGGUAAUUAUUUUUAUGCGAGGCUUCUGAAUAUUUGGACGGUGAUUUAGGGCAAGAUGACGUUGGGCCCAAAGAUCUCGAUCAGCGAGGGCAACCUGGUGGUCCACGGGAAGACCAUCCUCACCGGCGUCCCGGAUAACAUCGUCCUCACCCAUGGCACCGGCGUCGGCCCCGUCGCCGGUGCCUUCAUCGGCGCCACCGCCUCCGACCGCAAGAGCCUCCAUGUCUUCCCCAUGGGCACCCUCCAGGGGCUGCGAUUCAUGUGCCUGUUCCGGUUCAAGCUAUGGUGGAUGACGCAGCGGAUGGGGACGGCCGGCCGGGACGUGCCGCUGGAGACCCAGUUCAUGCUGGUGGAGAGCAAGGACGGCACGGCGGAGGUCGAGCUCGGAGCCGCCGCCAGCGAUUCCGGAGAGGAAGGCAGCGCCGCCACCAUCUACACCGUUUUCCUCCCCCUCCUCGAGGGCCAGUUCCGGGCCGCUCUCCAAGGCAACGAGCACGAUCAGCUAGAGAUCUGCCUCGAGAGCGGAGAUUUGGCGGUUGAGACCAACCAGGCGCUGUACAUGGUCUACAUGCACUCCGGGACUAACCCCUUCGAAGUAAUUACUGAGGCGGUUAAGGCUGUUGAGAAACACAUGGGAACAUUCCAUCACCGUGGGAAGAAGAAGAUUCCUUCUUUCCUGGACUGGUUCGGGUGGUGCACAUGGGACGCUUUCUAUACUGAGGUCACGGCCGAGGGCGUCCAUGAGGGCCUUAAAAGCUUAUCGGAGGGUGGGGCGCAUCCGCGGUUCCUGAUCAUAGACGAUGGUUGGCAACAAAUCGGCUCCGAAGUUCAGGACACCUCCAAUGUCGUCGUGCAGGAGGGAGCACAAUUCGCUAGUAGGCUUACCGGGAUCAAGGAGAACGCCAAGUUCCAAAAGAAAAACGGGGAGGAGGACCAAUCCCCUGGACUCAAGGUCGUCGUGAACGAAGCCAAGCAACACAAUAACGUCAAGUACGUGUACGUCUGGCACGCGAUGGCCGGGUACUGGGGAGGGGUGAAGCCGGCGGGGGAGGGGAUGGAGCACUACGAGAGCACAUUGGCCUACCCGGUGACCUCACCUGGGGUGACGGGAAACCAACCGGAUAUCGUGAUGGACAGUCUCGCGGUGCACGGGCUGGGUCUGGUACACCCGAAGAAGGUGUACAGCUUCUACAACGAACUCCACGCCUAUCUAGCCUCCUGUGGAGUUGACGGCGUUAAAGUCGACGUCCAGAACAUAAUCGAGACCUUGGGUGCCGGCCACGGUGGCCGUGUCUCCCUCACGCGUGCCUACCACCAGGCACUGGAGGCCUCCGUUACUUGUAAUUUCCCGGACAACGGCUGCAUCUCUUGCAUGUGCCACAACACGGACAUGCUCUACAGUGCGAAGCAGACGGCGGUGGUGAGGGCGUCGGACGACUUCUUCCCGAGGGAUCCAGCGUCGCAUACGAUCCACAUUUCGUCGGUAGCGUAUAAUUCGCUUUUCCUGGGCGAAUUUAUGCAGCCCGACUGGGAUAUGUUCCAUAGCCUCCAUCCUGCGGCGGAAUACCACGGAGCUGCCCGAGCCGUCGGUGGGUGCGCAAUCUACGUUAGUGACAAGCCGGGCCACCACAACUUCGAGCUACUGAGGAAGCUGGUCCUGCCCGAUGGGUCCGUCCUCCGCGCGCUACUCCCUGGCCGUCCCACCCGUGACAGCCUCUUCAACGACCCCGCCCGUGAUGGCACCAGCUUGCUGAAGAUAUGGAACGUGAACAAGUGCACCGGCGUGGUUGGCGUGUUCAACUGCCAGGGCGCCGGGUGGUGCAAGAUCGCCAAGAAGACUCGCGUCCACGACGCCGCCCCGGGGACCCUCACCGGCACCGUCAGCGCCCGGGAUGUCGAUGGCAUCGCCCAACUCGCUGGCGAAGGAUGGGAUGGCCAAGCCGUCGUCUAUGCCUAUAAAUCAGGUGAAUUGGUUCGGCUGCCGAAAGCCGCUACGUUGCCGGUGACUCUCAAAGUUCUGGAAUAUGAGCUCUUCCAUAUCUGCCCCAUUAAGGUGAUCAGCCCGGGCAUUUCGGUGGCACCCAUCGGACUGUUGGAUAUGUUUAAUUCUGGCGGAGCCGUGGAGCAAUUCGACAUCCGGAUGUCAUCAUCCACUGGCUCGACGGAGGACCGCGAUGAUGGCGAUUCUUCCUUCGAUGCGGCCGAGCAAUUUAGUGAGAACAGAGCGGCUACCGCGGCGGUUGUUCUUAGAGUUCGGGGAUGUGGAAGGUUCGGGUUUUACUCAACCCAAAGGCCGAUUAAAUGUACUUUGGAUUCUUCCGAUGUGGAGUUCAGCUAUGAUUCUGCUACGGGACUUGUGUUGCUCGAUAUCCCUGUGCCGGAGAAGGAGAUGUACCGGUGGGCUCUUGAGAUCCAAGUAUGAGAGGGUGCGGUAGUGGGUGUAUUUGUUGCUAGAUUUUUUAACAAAGCGGGGAGUUUAAUGUAGUAAUGGUAGAUCGAAUGACUUAAGAGAGCAAAAUGGAGGCUCUUGCUCCGGAGAAUGACUUGGCUGUACUUUUCACUUCCAUCGCUUAUGGCAAUAAAAUUCUUGUGCUUAUCUAUUAA